UUAACACUGCGAGAACCUCCAGAAUCCAACACUUGGCUUCACGCGCCGUUACGGAUAUAUCGCGUUUACAGUCUGUUUCUGGAUUAAACCAUCCAUCCGCGCCACAAGGCUCUCCAGUGAGACAGACAUCCUGCAUGGAGGACAAGAGGGAAGAAUUAAACACACGGAGGAAAAGAAUGAUUAAAAAGAGAGAAUAAAGCAGUAGGCUCUGAGUGUGUGGAGAGGCUGUGUGUAUCAGGAUGACGAUGAAAGGCUUGUCCUCCAGUCGCAGUCACCACCACACACUCACACACUGUGACCACUCCUACGACUCAUUGACCCUACGCCAUGACCGACGCCCCUUUGUCAUCAGUCCCACCCACCCGACCGACCACUCCUACUUCGGAUGCCAGUCCGACCUGGCCAGCAGUACGUUUCCGAGGCGACAUCACUCUUAUCACGAACCUAAGGACGAACGUGCCAUAGUGCCCUAUGUUGGACCGGGGGGCUUGGCCGGGGGAAGUGGGUGUGGCCCAUGUGGCUCAUCCGGCAUCCCACCAUCCUUGCUGGAACAGUUCGACCAGCAACAACCAAUGAGGAAAGAUGGCUAUCACACAUUGCAAUACAAACGCACAGCAGCACUCGAGCACCAACGCAGCGACAGUCCUGGUCGUAUACGUCACCUUGUUCACUCAGUCCAAAAACUGUUCACCAAGUCCCAUUCCCUGGAGGGUCCCAGCCAACGCACCACCCUCAACGGCAAUGACCCCGCCGUCCCAGCCGACGCUAUGGCAUCGUCUGCGUCCCACCCUAACGUCUCCACAUCUACCGUGAGCACCCUGCACAAGUCGUCAACCAACAAACGGGGGAAGAGCAAGGAAAGGAGUCGCUCCGAGCCCAAACCUCGCGCGCGCACGCCCGGCUCUGGGUACUGGAGCUCGGACGACACUUUGGACAGAGAGAUUUGCCUGUACCACCAGCAUCAACCUUCAGGAGUUAUGACUAUGGGCCGCCAUCCAGACAAAUCUCAGUCCCACUACUUCCUGGGCCAGAGCUAUAACACGCUAGGUGGUGGCCGUUCAUCUCUAAAGACAUCUCGUAGCAACAAUGAUAUCGGAAACUGCUCCACGUGCUCCAACGCCAAAGGAGGGGCUUUGACUUUUGGUGGCCCGAUGUCGGUGGACCAGGUCGGGCCGCUGGUCAAGAAAAGCUCCUGGUCGAGCACGCUAACGGUGAGCAGGGCCCGUGAGGUAUACCAGAAGGCCACCAUCAAUAUCGAUAAAGCCCUAGUCAAAGCACAGACCUGCCAGCAGGGACGAACCUGCCAGUUUUUACAGGUUCCUCAGGAUGAGUGGGGCAGUUUGUCACCCGUGGGUCAGGAUGAUGAGAUCCCGUGCAGACGGAUGAGGAGCGGCAGCUAUAUAAAGGCAAUGGCAGAAGAAGACAGCGGAGACUCUGACUGCACCCCUAAACCAUCACCUAAAGUCCAGGCCAGAAGAGCCAGCUACCUGAAAGCCACCCAGCCCUCCCUCACCGAGAUGACCACGCUCAAGAUCAGUACAGAUUCGCACUCCCCCAAGCUUCAGAUCCGGAGUCACAGCUACUUGCGAGCGGUGAGUGAGGUUUCAAUCAACCGCAGUAUGGACAGUCUGGACCCUGCCGGACUGCUGGCCUCACCCAAAUUUCGCUCCCGAAAUGAGAGCUACAUGAGGGCUAUGAGCACCAUCAGUCAGGUGAGUGAGGUGGAAGUGAACGGGCAGAUCGAGGCCGUGUGCGAGAGCGUGUUCAGUGAGAUGGAGUCUCAGGCCGUGGAUGCUCUGGACCUGCCGUUGUCCGGAUGCUUUCGGAUGAGGAGCCACAGUUACGUGAGAGCCAUCGAGAAGGGCUGCUCACAGGAGGAGGAAGAGGAGAGGGCUUCGCAGCAGGCCAUCUCACCGGCACGAGCCGCAACUACUGUGAGAACCAUCCAGAGCAGCACAGUAUCAUCAUGCAUAACCACCUACAAGAAAACCCCACCCCCGGUCCCGCCCAGGUCAACACCCACCAGGCCGUACAUCUCCAUAACAGCCCAGAGUAGCACAGAAUCGGCCCAGGAUGCCUACAGUGAGCUGUCUAGCCCUGCUAACCGGGCCUUAGUGGCGGUCCAGUCGGGCCUCAGUAACUCUACUGAGAGCAUUGAUAGCAUGAAGGCCCUGACGGCAGCCAUUGAGGCGGCAAAUGCUCAAGUCCACGGCCCGGCCAGCCAACAUGUGACCAACAGCACCAUUACCAUCACCACAGCUUCAGCCACCACUAGUGUAACACACAUCUCACAGGAAGCUAAGAAGGACGCUCUCAGGAAGUGCCUGUCCAUAGGGAUACAGGUGGACAGUCCUGAAGAAAGCACCGAACCAGAUGUGCAUUGCAAAUUUCAGUCAGUCGGUAUUCAAGUAGAGGAGGAGAAAUGUCAUCGCAGAGUCGCGCGAUCCAACAGCGUAACUACCGCCGUUCAAGCUGAUCUUGACCUACUGGACGAUAUCAACCAAGAGCAGUUCGUGCAGACCCAUCAGGGGUCCGGCGUCCGCCAGCCGUCUCGAGACGCAGCCACCUCCACGGUCAGCAUCCAGGGCUCUGGAAACCACUACCACGCCUGUGCCCAGGAUGACUACUCUGACGUGGGCUUUGACCCCUCCAUUCUGCCACCGCCGGACCCCUGGAUGGAUGGAGCGACAGAGGAGGAAUACGGAGGUGAAGUGACAGGGUCGGUUUGUCCGCAGGACGGACGCUGGUUUCUGAAGCUGCUGCAGGCCGAGGUGGAGAGGAUGGAGGGUUGGUGCAGACAAAUGGAGCAGGAUGAACGUGACAAUGAGUUACCGGAAGAGAUCCUUGGCAAGAUUCGGAGCGCGGUGGGCAGUGCUCAGCUGCUGAUGUCACAAAAAUUCCAGCAGUUCCGGGAGCUGUGCGAAGAAAACUUGAAUCCCAACGCCCACCCGCGGCCCGUCUCUCAGGAUCUGGCAGGAUUCUGGGAUAUGCUGCAGCUGUCUAUUGAGAACAUCAGUCUAAAGUUUGAUGAGCUACACCAGCUGAAAGCCAAUAACUGGAGAGUUUUGGAUCCUCCUGAGAGAAAGGAGAAGCGCGUACCCCCUCCGGUACCCAAGAAGCCGGGCAAGCGUCCUGCGCUGCUAGUGCGAGACAGAUCCCUGGAGGGCUCCCAGCGUCUGGAGGCACGCAAACGGCUUCUAGCGGCUAAACGCGCCGCUGCCUCUCAACGUCAGAGCUCGGCUACAGAAUGCGCAGAUAGCAUUGAGAUCUACAUCCCAGAAGCCCAGACAAGAUUAUAAACACGCACACACACAAUAAAGAGGUGCUUUCAAACCUAAAUAGACGCCAACACACACAGUCGACUACAAUACAAAGUACUGAAUGACAAAGACUAAGGCAGGGUAGCUGUAAUAUAAUCACUCCUCUUUUCUAGUGUAAAAGAGAGUUACUUCACUGUGGGGUUAUACUGUAUGUAUUAAAGAUUUUCGUUGCUCCCUUUUAAACUCCCAAAGACUUUAAUAUUUCUAUUCGACACUCUUAUUAUAUUAAAAUAAUAAUAUAUACAACAUACUGUGUCUGCUAUUAUUACUACCCACACCAAGUAUUUCUUAAGUUAUUUGUCAUAAUUUUUUUUUGAUAGAGCCAUAAGUCUGGUGUUCCGAUCACUUCUGGAGAUUUAUACAGUGAUGUAGCUGUGAUUGUUGUGUGUUUGUGUGUCAAGUUUAUGUGUUAUACACUCUCUCACGUGUCACCCUGCACCUCUGAGACUGGGCGAGGUUGUUCUGUUCUCGGUAUCAUGGGAUAUAAUAGCGAAACCACAUCUUCUCUCCUUUCUUCGUAUAAUUUUCAACUUCCCUCUAAAUCACCUCCUGUUCUUUUAAAUCGUCCUGUAUUUGUCUUUACUCACGUUCUCAUUUCUGAUCCAGACUAUUUUAGUACUAUCACUCACCUGUUUGACUGAUGUCUGUCAUUUGUGACACAUGCAGCACUUUUAAAUCCUCCCCUGAUUCGACACAUUCACAUCAGUGACCGUAAUGCUGUCGGAUCAUGACACACUUCACAGCUCUGAUUCAUAAAUUAUCAACGUGUCACGUUGUGAAUCAUCACGUACCGUUGCUCAAGGAUUCAAUACAGCUUUAAGGACCCAUGCACAGUGACUUCUAGCAAAUUAAAUGAAAAUGCUUUAUGCAAAUGAGCAGUGAUGUAAUGCAGCAAGUGAAGACAGAGGAGCUUGUAAUGUCAUUCUUUCACACUUUUAAAAAUAAAGGUGCUUUAUGAUGUCAUUGUAAAACCAUUUUUGGAUGAAUGAUUAUAAAAAGAAACUGUAAAGGGGGCAUUUCACAAAAAAAUGUAAGAUGUCAAAUAAAUCUUUGGUGUUCCUAGAGUACGAAUGUGAAGUUCUCAAAAUAACCCAUAGAUAAUUUAUUAUAACAUGUUAAAAUUGCCACUUUGUAGGUGUGAGCAAAAAUGUGUCGUUUUUGGGUGUGUCCUUUAAAAUGCGAAUCAGCUGAUUUCUGCACUAAAUGGCAGUGGUGUGGUUGGACAGUGCAGAUUAAGGGGCGGUAUUACCCCCUUCUGACAUCACAAGGGGAGCCAAAUGUCAAUGACCUAUUUUUUCACAUGCUUGCAGAUAAUUGUUUGACAAAACUAAGUUACUGGGUUGUUAAUUUUCACAUUUUCUAGGUUUAUAGAGGCACUGGGGACCCAAUUAUAGCACUUAAACAUGGAAAAAGUCAAAUUCUCAUGAUAUGUCCCCUGUAACAUCUGAAGAACUUUUCUGUGUCAAUAAAGGGGUAUGAAAGAAAUGGUUCUUAUAAGACCCUGUGUCUGAAAGGUUCUUUAAAGGGAUAGUUCACUCAAAAAUGCAAAUUCUGUCAUCAUUUAAUCACUCUCAUGUUGUAACAAACCCGCAUAAAUUUCUUUGUUCUGAUGAACACGAAGGAAGAAAUUUUGAGAAAUGUUUGUAACCAAACCGUUCAUGGACCCCAUUCACUUCCAUAGUAGGAAUAAAUAAUACUAUUGAAGUAAAUGGGGUCCACGAAUGCUUUGGUUACAACAGGGUUCCCACGGGUCCUUGAAAUCCUUGAAAGUUUGUGAAUCUGGGGGGAAAAAUUCAAGGCCUUGGGAAGUUUUUGAAAAUAUGCAUACAUAGAUACAGGUCAUUGAAAGUGCUUGAAUCUAUUUUAUACAAGAAGUUUUCUGGAAAAAAAUCCAUAUUAUUCCCUUUGUAGUGUAGGAUAAUAUCAUAAAAAUUCUAGACUUUUUAAGCACACGUGCUAAAGUGUUUGCUUUAAAUGCUUAUAUCUUCUGUAUGCGAAUGUUGAUUCAUACCAAAAUGCUUUUUAGCAUAGUUGUGUUUGACACAUGAAAACAUCUCGGGUUACGUAUGUAACUGUUGUUCCCUGAGAAGGGAACGAGGCGCUGCGUCUCCCUUUCCAUACUUCCUGCAUCCCUGUAACGCCGUCUUUGGCAAUAUUUCAGAUAGCGAUAUACUUCCUGGCUCCCGCGUCACCCUGUCUUUGUCGUUAAGCCUCACCAUUGGUUGAAUUUGAUAUCAACAUUCAGACGCACUUACCCCUGGAGGCGUCCCCAAAGUGUCACCGCGGUGACGCAGCGCGAGUUCCCUCGAAAGGGAACUGUAACAAUGUGUCUUUGAAGGUAACGCAAUGUAACCUUGCUCUCACUUAAAAUGUGUCCCCACAUUUAGUCCUUGAAUUUGAGGGUAUUGGACCUGGAAAGUCCUUGAAAGGUCCUUGAAUUUGUAGUUGACUAAGGUGUGGGAACCUUGUUACAAACAUUUCUUGAAAUAUCUUCCUUUGUGUUCAUCAGAACAUAGAAAUGUAUACAGGUUGGUAACAACAUGAGGGUGACUAAAUGAUGACAGAAUUUUCAUUUUUGGGUGAACUAUCCCUUUAAGGAACCAAAAAUGGUUCUUCAAUAUCAUUGCUUUGAAUAACCUAUUAAGCACCUUUAUUAUUAAGAGUGUAUGUUCACAUAUAUGUGUCUUGCAUAAUAUGUAGUAUGCGAAACCUUUGUAUGCAAAAAAAUAGUAUGGGAGAAUACCCAACUCCGAGUUCUUAGUAUGCAUGGACACUAUUAUAUCCCAUGAGGUGAGGAGCCGCCAAAUUCAAAAACAUCCGUGUCACUCAAGUAUGUGUGUGUUCAUUUCCACAUUUAAGUGCAUGUAACCAAGUGCUUCCUAAUAUUUCUUUAUUUUAACAAAAAUGUAGCAUUUAUAAAUAUAUAAAAAAAAUUCAGUUUCAUCUUUUUUAUUUAUACUAAGACGUACAUAACCAUAGCAUCCCUUUGGAGACGGUGCAGGUUGACACAAAGCAGAGCACAUGCCAUCCGUUUUAUAAUUUUUUUGUUUAUGGAUCCCUAUUGAUAUUUUAUUGUUCAAUUUUUGUGUAACCCUUUCAUGCUGCUCUCACGUAACCAACGCUGCAUCAUUGUUGCACUCCAGUAGUCCGCAGCACUAAGUUCCUCAAUACUUGGUGUAGUCCAAAUCUAACUGCGCUGUCUCACCUUUGUCGAUAACUGAUACUAUGUAUUUGCACUUGUUAAAUAUGUUAAAUAAACAAAUAUAUUUCUCUCUGUUUUUCCAGGAUAUAUAAGAUGUUUCACUGUGGAUAGACACACGACUAUAUAUUAUAAUAUAUUAUUACCCAGCAGCCAAUGUGCAGCCGCUCUCUAUUUUCAUAUACAGUUGAGUUUCAUUGGCUUUAGUUUAAUCCUCGUAGGGAUUUCUAUUAUUAACCAAACUCGCACUAGAGAGCCCUUACUGUGGUUAAUGUUUGUUUUUAUAUAUUGUUGAUGUUUAAACGCUCAGCCUUAAUUUAUGAAGAUACGAUAGUCAUGCACAACGUAGCCUCAGGGGAGACUAUAUAACGUGUGUAUGAAAGUGUGUGUGUGUAUAUAUAUGUGUGUUUGUGUAUAUCUCAAAAUUUUACCUUAGAAAUCAAAGCAUUCGACUAUCUUUGCGUAUUGAUAUUUCUUUUUAUCAAAUGUUUCAGUAUUUACAAGACAUUUCCAUCAAAAUAACUGCCUUGGAUUUAUUUACAGUUCCAUUAAAAAGUGACACUUAUACAUUUUUGAUAGUGACAAUAUCUGGAUUAAUGUGGACAAUCAGUGACAAACAAUAUUGUCCAUAUUUUUGUAUAAAUCACACUAAACUUAUUUGAUUUAUUUAUUUCUUUUCCCCUCGAUCCUUUAUAAGUAUUAAAAGAUUUAUUAGACAUUACAGAGAUAUUUUAUGAGUACUUUUUGCUAAGAAAGAUCACAAAUCAUUUCCUUGAUGGUUGUCUAUCACUGAAAUAAUGAAUAAUAAUUUGUUUUAUAUUUGGCAACAUAAUCACAUCUGACUGUAGGGUUUUAUCUCCCAAAACAGAAGUGAAUCAGAUUAUUGCCAAACUAUGAACCGAGCACCCACCCACAGAUUUAAUGUGUAAUGAAGGCAUAUUACUAUACUGUGUGUAAAUACAUGAAUGUUCUUCAUUGUAAAUGUAACCUAUACAUCUAAUGAUAUAUUACUACUUACAUUUUGUAUUUAUUGUAACAACACUGUUGAUGUUAUGGCACGUGUAUGAAAUUUUGAUCAUUAAAAUGACACUCGGAGCAACA